UCAGCUGUUUAAUUAUUUGAGAAAAAUUCAAAAACAAAUAUUGCCUAAACCUCUGAGCCUGAAUCAAAUUGUAUUCACGUUUUAAAUAAAGCAAAGCCAAGUCGAUUGAAACUCCUUAUGUCUAUUAGUGCAUUAACCCCGAUAAUUCGUUUGAUUAGUAGGGAAGUGAGAAGUUUUUCUUCAAUGGCUGGAGUAAUUGAAGAAACUAUUAGGAAGAAACUUGAAAGUGAACUACAGACAUCGCAUCUUGAUAUAAUUAAUGAGUCGUACAUGCACAAUGUUCCUAAAGGAGCUGACACCCAUUUUAAAGUGGUUGUUGUAUCGGAUAAAUUUGAUGGACUUCCUCUAAUUAAAAGACAUAGACUGGUCAAUGAUAUUUUAAAAGAGGAGUUGAAAGGUGGUGUGCAUGCCUUGUCCAUAGUGGCCAAGACCCCCUCGCAAUGGCAAGACAGUGAUAAAGUUGUUGAGAGCAGCCCAAGCUGCAGAGGUGGAUUUGGUAAAUAAGUGGAAGGUAGAUUAGACCCAAAAAAUAGUUAGGAUAUUGAAAUUUAUAAUUUAUCUUGUUAAACUUAUUAUUGUUACCUCACAUGUUUUCUGAAACUUUGUAAAUGGAAAGAACUGCACAUUAAUAAAAACUGUAA